AUGGGCAGACUCAUCUACGGCACAGCCUGGAAGAAGGAAGAGACCGACAAGUUGGUCUAUUGCGCGCUGGAAGAGGGCUUCAGAGCAAUUUCCACCGCAGCCCAGCCAAGUAACUACGAGGAAGCACUGGUCGCUCUGGGAGUUCGACGGGCCAUCGACGCAGACGUGGUGUCGCGCCGAGAUGUCUCUAUCCAGACUACGUUCACCCCUGCCCACGACCAGGCCAUCAAGAGGGUAGCGAAGGCCAACAGGACAGGCGCUCACCACCAAGGAUGGCCUUGCACGCCGAGGGCCAGCACCCCCAGUGACUGCCCCUACGACCCCGCCACCUCCCUGGCCGAGCAGGUCCGCAGCUCGCUGGCCUCAUCCUUGAAGCACUUCACCUUCACGCCCAGCAGUCCCGAGGAUGUCUACCUCGACGCCGUCAUCCUGCACACCCCCUAUCCCGACCGCAAACACACCGAGGAGGUCUGGACCGCCCUCUCCGCCUACGUGCCCCACCGCGUCCGCCGCCUGGGCAUCAGCAACGUGACCGACGAGGAGCUCCAGCACCUCCUCGACUUCUGCCGCGCCAAACCGGCGGCCGCCGCGAGGCCCACAAUCGUGCAGAAUCGGUUCCGUGACAGCGACAAGGACGCCUUCGACUCCACCGUCCGCCAGAUGUGCAGGGAGAACGGCAUCGAGUACCAGGCCUUUGGCGUCCUGAGGACCAAGGCCUUGCUCCAGGACCAGCAGAGCGUCGGUGCCGUUGUCGGCCUGGCAAACGCGAGCCGCGAGGCAGCCCUGUACGCGCUCGUCAUGGCCCUGCAGGAUGACAUGGCCGUCUUGGAUGGCACCUCGGACCCGCGGACGAUGGUGGCUGACAUCGAGGACUUGCGGACGAUCAGUGGAUACGCUGAGAGCCCGGAGUGGAAGAGGGCCUUGGAUAGUUUCAACGGCGGGGUUCAUUAG